AUGCUCGGAUAUCUCACCAGCCGCUGGCAGGGCGAGCAGAAGAAGACGGGCCCCGCCUGGUUCGACCGCCACUUCAACCCCAUCCUGCUCUCCGUCGCGAAGAAGGCAUGCACGCAUCCAAUCCACACCAUUGUCACGAUUGCCUUCGUGGCCAGCUACUCCUACUUGGGCGUUCUCGACAAGGGGUUGCUGGAAAGUGGCAUUGAGGAAGUCUCGAGCCGCGUCGACUUCACCACUCUUCUGGCCGGCAGCAAGAGACUCAGAAUCGGAGAGGAGACGUCAUGGCAGUGGGAGGCUGAGGAGCCCAAGACUGCCAUCUACAAGGAUAAAACCGCCCAGGAACUCGCCCUCGUCACCCUCGUCUUCCCCGAAUCGAGCAUCAUCAACUCGGCUCCCUCGCAGCAAUCCGUCCCCAGCAAUGUCUCCGCCGAGCUCCUUCCCAGCUCGUCCAGCUCCUUCUCCACCUUCUCCCACGACACCUCGCUCGCAUUCUCCAUCCCGUACACCGAAGCCGCCGACUUUCUCCAGGCCAUGCAGGAGAUUUCUGCGCCCGAAGACGCUGCCCAGUCGCAGGGCUCCGAGCAGGAAGGCACACGCGAGGAGAAGAAGUGGAUGAUGAAGGCGUCCAAGAACGGCAGUGCCCCUGGUGGUGUGCGUAACUGGAUUCUGGACUCGUGGACGUCUUUCGUGGAUCUCCUCAAGAACGCGGAUACUGGUGAUAUCGUCAUCAUGGCCCUGGGAUACCUCGCAAUGCACCUGACCUUUGUCUCCCUCUUUCUCGCCAUGAGGCGCCUGGGGUCCAACUUCUGGCUGGCCACCGCAGUUCUCCUGCAGUCCGCCUUUGCUUUCCUUUUCGGUCUCGCUGUUACAACCUACCUCGGCGUCCCAAUCAACCUGAUCCUGCUGUCCGAGGGUCUCCCAUUCCUGGUCGUCAUUAUCGGUUUCGAGAAGCCCAUUGUCCUCACCAAGGCCGUGCUCUCUGCGUCCCUGGAUGGCCGACGGGCGGCUGAAGAGAAGCGGGGCGCGCCCUCGACUAUCCAGUCAGCUGUUCAGACCGCCAUCAAGAGGACCGGUUUUGAGAUUGUCCGCGACUAUUUCUUCGAGAUUCUCAUCCUGGUUGCCGGCGCCAUGUCUGGAAUCCAGGGCGGUCUGCGACAAUUCUGCUUCCUCGGUGCCUGGAUCCUGUUCUUCGACGCCCUGAUGCUGCUCACUUUCUACACCGCCAUUCUCACCAUCAAGCUCGAGAUCAACCGAAUCAAGCGUCAUGUGGCUCUCCGCAGGGCUCUUGAGGAUGACGGUGUCGACGGCAAGGUCGCUGAGAAUGUCGCUCGCAACAACGACUGGCCCAACGCACGCGAUGUACAGGUCGCCAACCACACGACGACUGUCUUUGGAAAGAAGAUUACCGUGCCCAAGUUCAAGAUUCUGAUGGUCGCUGGAUUUAUCCUAGUCAACGUUCUCAACGUCGUCACCCUCCGCUUCGGUCUUGCUCCCAGCAAGGUCGCUCACGUUGCUGGUGUCGGUGCCACUCCCCCGCUGGAUCCCUUCAAGGUUGCUGGAAGCGGACUGGACCACAUCUACGAGCAGGCCAAGGCUACCGCCACGUCUACCAUUGUCACCAUCCUCAUGCCCAUCAAGUACGAGCUCGAAUUCCCGUCUAUUCACUACGCUGAGCCGUCCAUCACCAACAACGAGUUCGCGUUCGGAAGCAACAUCAGCACGCACAUUGUCGACGGAGUACUGAAGAGCUUGGAAGACCCUUUCCUCAGCAAAUGGAUCGUUCUUGCGCUUGUCAUGAGCGUUGUCCUGAACGGCUACCUAUUCAACGCCGCCCGCUGGACCAUCAAGGAACCUCACCAGCCACUUGCCCCAGCGUCCCCUUCAGAAGUUCAGGAUGGAGCCCCUACUGUGCCUGGAACCCCCCGCGUGCCUUCAAUGCACAUGCCUACGCCGCCCCGCACACCUGGCCCUGAGGAUACCCGUCUGCAGCCACUUACUCAGCUCGUACCGCAGACGCCAGUGCUCCCUAUUGGUCCUUCGGAAGAACAGCAAAGACAGCCAAACCGUGCUGCCGAGGUUCUCGAAAUGAUGAUCAAGGAAAAGCAAGCCCCCAAGAUGACUGACGAAGAGCUCAUCGAAAUGUCACUCAAGGGCAAGAUUCCCGGUUACGCUUUGGAGAAGACACUCGGUGACAAGACCCGCGCUGUCAAGAUCCGCCGUGGUCUCGUCUCACGUACCCACGCUACCCGCGAAACCUCAACUCUCCUGGAACGCUCCCUCCUCCCAUACAAGGACUACAACUACGAUCUUGUCCACGGUGCAUGCUGUGAGAACGUUGUCGGUUACCUUCCCCUCCCUCUCGGUGUCGCUGGACCUAUCCUCGUUGACGGCCAAAACUACUUCCUUCCCAUGGCAACGACUGAGGGUGUGCUCGUAGCCUCCACCUCCCGAGGUGCCAAGGCUAUCAACGCCGGCGGCGGUGCUGUUACUGUCGUUACUGGCGACGGUAUGACCCGCGGACCUUGUAUCGGAUUCGACAGCCUGACACGCGCUGGUGCGGCCAAGAUCUGGCUCGACUCGGAAGAAGGCCAAAGAACGAUGAAGGACGCAUUCAACUCGACCUCCCGCUUCGCCAGGCUUCAGUCUAUGAAGUCUGCUAUUGCAGGCACCAACAUCUACGUCCGUUUCAGGGCCACCACCGGUGACGCUAUGGGCAUGAACAUGAUUUCAAAGGGUGUCGAGCACGCCCUUACCGUCAUGGCAACCGACUGUGGUUUCGAAGACAUGCGUGUAGUGACUGUCUCGGGUAACUACUGCACAGACAAGAAGUCCGCCGCCAUCAACUGGAUCGACGGUCGUGGCAAGGGUGUCGUCGCCGAAGCCAUGAUCCCCGGAUCUGUCGUGAAGUCGGUGCUGAAGUGCGAGGUUGAGGAUCUCGUCCAGAUGAACAUUUCAAAGAACUUCAUUGGAUCAGCUAUGGCCGGUGCUAUGGGUGGUUUCAACGCCCACGCGGCGAAUAUUGUCGCUGCCAUUUUCUUGGCUACCGGUCAAGAUCCUGCGCAGGUCGUCGAGAGUGCUAACUGCAUCACCAUCAUGCACAAUGUCAACGGCAACCUCCAAAUCUCCGUCUCCAUGCCCUCCAUCGAAGUCGGCACCAUCGGCGGCGGAACCAUCCUCGAGCCCCAAUCCGCUAUGCUCGAUCUCCUCGGCGUACGAGGCGCUCACCCCACAUCACCUGGUGACAACGCCAGGCAACUUGCCCGUGUCAUCGCCGCUGGUGUAUUGGCGGGUGAGCUGUCGCUCAACAGCGCUCUGUGUGCGGGCCAUCUCGUCAAGGCGCACAUGGCACACAACAGGAGCAACGUUCCUUCUCGCGCACCUACGCCUGCACCUGCGACGCCUGUCACAGGGGCUCAGACGCCUGUUACUGGAGGUGGUCCUCUGUCUGCGUUGAGCUCUGCGGGCAUUGCGCCGAGGCGGUAG